UCCCUAGGCAAUUUUCGGGAACACGCUCUCGCCCACACGUGCCCGCACCUGCAUACACUUAGUAGCCUAGCUACACGCGCACACACGUGAUUCGCUCACACGCACGCGCGCGAGGCAGAUCUGUGCCUGGAGACCGUGAUCUCAACGUGCUCGCUAUUCCAGUCAUGGACUGCAGCGAGCGGGGGGACCAUUAGGAGACGGUGGGCAAGAAAAAAAAAAGGCGCUUUAUUUGCAACACACGGAGGAUGCUGCUGCUGUCUCACCACCCGGAUCGGACACAUGCUCCCUGACAAGCGGAAUUAUUACUAAUAGCUGCGCUUAUGUAAUCAAUGCGCCGGGUUGCUGUGUGUAUGUGUGUGUGGGGGGGAAAUAGCACCCUGUAGAAUCUGCCCAUUUGACUUAAUAGAGAAUACUGUAUGCCAUAUGCUCUUAGAGGAGCCUAUGGCAACCCAUUUGUCCUGAUGCGACGCGUGUGAUGGUUGCAGUGGGACGGAUAUCCUUAAUUUUAUCCAAUAGGCGUCCUCAGGUUUUCUUUUUUCUUUUUUUUUGUAGGACGGUUCUGCACCCCGUUCGUUCUGCGCUGACCGUAUCAGCAACGCUUUAAAUGGGUAAUUGUUAACUGUCAGGUGUUUCCACUGGUUUUGUUCAUCUUUAUUAAAAAUUCACAGCCAAACAGGCAUAUCUGUAAGAAUCAGUCCACUUUUUUCUUUUUUUCCUCUCUUUUUUUUUCUUUUUUUCCCUUUUUCCCUCUCUCUCUCUCUUUUUGGUCGAAUUUGGUUUGGCGAUUUUCAAAGAGGAAACCACCGGUGGGAGUCAGUUUUGGACUGUGACUCGUCUGGAGAGGAAGAGGGGGCCUAUUCGGACUUGACCAUCUAAAACUCUGCAGGAUUUCCUCCUCUCAAGUCCAGAGGAAUACCUUCAAGUCCAGGGGGGCUACUGCUGGUCCUCUUGAGCGUUUUCCCCCCCCUCUCUCAUUGGCGCUCGUUGCAUCCGAGGGAAUGGUGGCCGCACCGCAGAUCCACGCAACUCUUUCUGAAUGUUUGGCAUUUUUCGCUGGCGAACAUUUUGACUUGUGAUCGAGAAAAGACGCGGACUGCAGUAGCCUCCAAUCCCUUUCACAUGGAGAUUUGUGCCUCGGUCGUACUGCAAAUCUUGAAAACGGGGACCAGGGCCCUGCUGCUUUUUCAUUCGAUCAACCUCGAUUUCUUUUAUUCGAGAAAAUGCAGAACACAAACAGCAGAUGAACUAUGAAUGCUGAACACAAUGAUCUCUUCCCUCCAGCGCCAGACAAUGAGAGGUCGUAGGCUGAAGGGGGCACUAUCCAACCCCCUCUUUGUGCUGCUUUUGGCCCUUCAGAUCCUGGUGGUGGCUGGGCUGGUUCGUGCUCAGACCUGUCCUUCCGUCUGCUCAUGCAGUAACCAGUUCAGCAAAGUCAUAUGCACGCGCCGCAGUCUAAGGGAUGUUCCAGAUGGCAUUUCUACCAACACUCGCUACCUGAACCUCCAGGAUAACCUCAUUCAGGUAAUCAAGGUGGACAGUUUUAAACAUCUGCGCCAUCUGGAGAUCCUGCAACUGAGCAAGAAUCACAUCCGCAGCAUUGAAAUUGGCGCCUUCAAUGGGCUGGCCAGUCUCAACACCUUGGAGCUCUUCGAUAAUCGGCUCACGACAAUCCCCAAUGGAGCAUUCGAGUACUUGUCCAAGCUGAAAGAAUUGUGGCUAAGAAACAACCCCAUCGAAAGUAUACCAUCUUAUGCCUUCAACCGGGUCCCCUCGCUUCGAAGGCUGGAUCUAGGUGAGCUCAAACGUCUCUCCUAUAUUUCUGACGGGGCUUUCAAGGACCUGAGCAAUCUCCGCUACCUGAACCUGGGAAUGUGCAAUCUCAAAGAGAUCCCCAACAUCUUACCUUUGGUAAGGCUUGAAGAGCUAGAAAUGUCAGGUAACCAGCUCUCUGUUAUAAAGCCCAGUUCAUUUACAGGGCUAGUGAACCUCCAGAAGCUAUGGAUGAUGCAUGCCCAGAUUCAAACUAUUGAGAGGAAUUCCUUUGACGACCUUCAGUCACUGGUAGAGCUCAACCUGGCUCAUAACAACCUUACAUUUCUACCCCAUGACCUCUUCACACCGUUACAUCGCUUAGAGCGGGUCCACCUCCAUCACAAUCCUUGGAAUUGCAACUGUGAUAUUCUGUGGCUCAGCUGGUGGCUGAAGGAAACUGUACCAGCCAAUACCAGCUGCUGUGCACGUUGCCAUACUCCUUCAACGUUGAAAGGUCGCUACAUUGGAGAACUGGACCACAGCUACUUUCAGUGUGAUGUCCCUGUUAUUGUGGAGCCACCCAGUGACUUGAAUGUGACCGAAGGCAUGGGUGCAGAGCUUAAAUGUCGUACAAGCUCGGUGACCUCCAUCAGCUGGCUUACACCAAACGGCUCACUGGUGACUCACGGGGCCUACAAAGUGCGUUUGUCUGUCCUCAAUGAUGGGACGCUGAACUUUACUAGCGUCACAAUGCAGGACACUGGGACUUACACCUGUAUGGUUAGCAACACAGCAGGCAACAUUUCUGCCUCCGCUGUGCUUAAUGUCACUUCUUUGGACAGCAGUGGGGUGACCUAUUUUACCACAGUCACAGUUGAGACUACUGACAUGAUGGGGGAGGAUAGCCAAACACCACUUCCCCCAUUUGGCUGGGUGUCUUCCUCAACAACAAAAGGUACUCCUGUUUCCACAAGGACCACAGAGCGGACUUACACCAUUCCAGUUCUUGAUCCGGAGGGAGAGGGAUCCCUGGAUGAGGUGAUGAAAACCACUAAGAUUAUCAUUGGCUGCUUCGUGGCCAUCACACUCAUGGCUGCUGUUCUGCUGGUUAUUUUCUACAAGAUGAGGAAGCAACACAACCAGCAGGAUCCCGAUGGCCCUGCCUCCUCCAUGGAGGUCAUUACCGUUGAAGAAGAGCUCGCAGGUGUUGCUGCCAUGGAGAGACACCUAUCGCUGCCCCCUCUGGAGCACUACAACCACUACAACACCUACAAGAGCUCUUAUCACCAUCCUCCUAUGCUCAGUACCAUACACAGCUCAGCCACACAGGAACCUUUACUGAUUCAAGCUUGCUCAAAAGACAAUGUACAAGAGACCCAAAUCUGAUUUUAAAUUUGACUAAAUGUCCAGCAUCAGCCGUUACACACUUGGAGUACAAUGGACCAAAACGCAAAGAUGAAGGAAAUUGAAUGCCAUUGACUUCACAGAGUUGAUGUCAAUUAUGGCAAUUAGUCAGCAUUUGGCAAAGGGACGACAUAUGAAACUUUAAAAAGUGUCUUUACAAAAACAAAGAUUAUUUAUUAAAAAUAUGUCUAGUGGCUAAAUGAAGAAAAACAAUUUGUGAUAGCUUUUUAGCUCACUUUAUUUCUCUCUCUCUCUCUCUCUCUCUCUCUCUCUCUCUGUGUAAUACCGCACAAGGGAAAGAAUGGUUUGCUAAAACGGAAACUGAAAGGUAUCAAAUGCAGCAUUCACUAUUUCCAUUGGCCUUAAACUCUAAUGAAUGCAAUGCUUUUCAUUCACUACUUACAUUUUAUCUGAUAACACAGUUUAUUGAAGGACAAUGCCCAAGUAUUUACAAGCAUUUAUUUAGUAGUGCAACACACCAGUUCCAAUUUGAAGGAAGUUUAUGAAACGUGAAAACAUAAAAUGACUUUUUCUUUUCUUCGCCAUGCUAUUCUAGCUGUCACUCAACACAAAAUUAGAUCUUUUAAUGGCACGGCUCUGGAUGAUAUCACAGCGAAGCCAGCGUGCCUGAGGAGCAAAGCUGCCAAAUGAGUAAAUGUGCAUUUCCCCUGUGGCUUCUAAACAACAGCCAUAUAUCCUUCACUUUAAUUAAGAUUAAGGUCUUGCUCCCACUCCUCCUCCUACUUUUUCUCUACACUCUUGACACUUUACCUUGACUGUCUUUUUUUUUCCGCCUUCACCUCCCCCUCCCUCUUCAUACCUCCAUGAAUUCUCCAUGUUGCCGUUUUACCCUCUGUCUGCUUUUCCUCCAUGUCCUCUUGCUUCUUUGUCUCGCUGUCACGUAGCUCGGGCACGUUCCUCACCCCUCGCCAUGUCUCAUUUGUCUCGCUUUAUCCGCCGGCAUGUGCCGCACGAUGGCAGAAUAUUGCUUAGGAAAAUGACGGGAAGCAUAAGGCUGUGGUCUGUAGCCUCCCUGUUAACCCAGUAAUGAUCUACGUCCACUCAGUGUCGCAUUACCUUGCCAUCACCCCAGGGUCACACAAGCUCAGGCGCUGAUAGUCCAUCUGUUAGAACAGAUAAAGAGGCAAAUGAGGCUGCUUUGUAAUGUAGUGUGACCCUGUCAGACUAAAGCAGACGGAGCUAACAUAGUCAGUGAAGCAGCUAGGAACCUGCAACAAAAUAAGGGAAGAUGGGUUAUAGCUCAUUAAUCUGUAUCAGCAGUUCAUUUGCAGGCUAACAGAGGAAAGCUGAUAAGGAAACAGCACGAGACUUUUUCACUUUCCCUUUACCCAACAUCUAACAGGGGGUAGAGGCCUUUGAUAUUGAAGCGACCCCCACUCGGUCUCAUUUUUUCUUUUCUUUUUUUCUUCGAGGAAAACAAACACACACACUCUCUUUGAUGAUGCAUCAUUUAUAGACCAUCAAAACAUUGUCUCUCCUGUAGUCUGUUUACGCUCCGCUUUUUCAUUUAGUCUUUCAAAGGAGAAGGCUUAAGGAAAGGGGACGGUAGAAUUGAAAAGUGAAGAACAGCAGUUGGGUAGAGGGAGUCAGACCUACAAUGGUCACGAGGGGUCUUCAAACAGAGAUAUUGCAGAUAUGAAGAGAGGAGUGAAAAAAUAGAUAAGAAAUAAGGAGGAAAAACUAGCCAUCAGCCUGUCGCCAUGGAAACAGUGACCUUGUACAGAAAGUAAGAGGAGGUAGAUAUGCCUUUCGCUUUGGUCUCUGUGCAACAAGCAUAUUUUAAUGUGUCCCACUGGCCACUUCACAAAUACAUCUGAUCAUCGACAGAACUGGCAAAAUGAAAUGUAGCCUUAUAUUUACAGAUGGCUCUGGAUGGGAUAUGACCCACACGUGAUGUCUCUGCGUUUGAGUUAUUUAAUGUAAAUCGUCACAUGCUGUAACAAAAACAAAAAAAAAAACCCCAAAGAGUUGACAAUUUAGCUGUCCAGGCAGUUCCACUUGCUUUCAUCAAUGUGAGGUCUAGAAGUAUGAGGGGAAGGGAGUGCUGAAUAUUCAGAAACCUCUCCCGCUCUCGCUCUCUCUAAAUGAAUUCUUUUGUUUUCUACAAUAGCAGUUAGAUGGCGAAUAACGAACAUGAUGGAAAAUAUGCAUUUAAAGACUUGGUUAUGAGAGAGAAACAGUAACUUGUUCCCCGUCAGGGUUGGAAUUUAUUGAUUGGUAAAGCCAGUGAGUGAACCAUUCUUUCCCUUUCCACUGUUUCAUUUUUUUUUCAAUGCUCAAUUCCUUUUCAACGCUUUUGGUGGCUUAAUGAUUCAAUGUUGACGCUGGCUACAGUGAAAAAAAAACAAGGUUCAGAUUUUUUUUAUAUAUAUAUACUUGGGGAUGAGGGUUGUGAGUUAUUCAGAAUGAAUGGAAUGUCUCUGUAUUGGUAUUUACUUUAGUUGGACAGUGUAAGAUUGAAGAUCUUUGAAAGCCAGAAUGGAUUUAGGACUGAAUGCAGAAUGUUGGACUUGAAAUACCAGCAGAGUGAGCUUGAUUUUUGUGCAAAAUCCUUAGCCAAGGUGAUUCCAAUUCUUGUGUGUUAUUCUGCCAACUGUCCAUGUAUGGGGAGGGAUACUUAUAUGUUGGGGACAUUCUCUCUCAUUUUCGGAGAGAGUAUUCAUCACACGGUUAAAUUUCUACAAAAGGAAAAAAAAAAUAUUUUCAAAAACACAUUGCAAAAAGGAAAAAAAAAAUUCAGAUCAUAAUUUUACAUGUGCUUCGAUUGUUUAAAAAAAAUGACAAAAAAGCAAAAACAAAAAAGAAGAAAAAAAAUAACAAGAGACUGUGCUUGUAAGGAGUCCAACUAAUUUCCCUGAGGAUGAUGUUCAAUUAUUGAUACAUGAGAUUGUAGUUCAUACUGUACAUGAAUACAAAUAAAAAUUGCAAUUCUUUUUUUUUUCAA